GAUGGUCGUUCGUCAUUGUUACAUUGGCGCGAGAACGUUAGACGUGUUCAGUUUGUGAACGUGUUAAUCUAUAUUAACGUAUUGUAAUAGCUGAAAGUAUUAUUGUUAACAUUAAUAUAAUUUUGUUUUAAUUCCUUCCAAAGUUGUACAAUAAACAAUUCAAAAUGUUUUGGGGUCUGGUAAUGGAACCAAAUAAACGGUAUAGCCAAACUGUUGAAAAAUCAUUCCACGUGUCUAUGGCAGCUUUAGACGUUAAAAGCGCCGACGACGAUGUAGUCCAAGUGAACGUCUGCUAUGAUGGUACAAGUUAUUUACUUUGUAGUUUAAACAAAGCCAUAGCAUGGCAAGUACCAUUAGACUUACAUUUUCAAGAGGGAAGUAAAAUAGCUUUUUCAUGUAAUGGUCAGAGUUCUGUACAUUUAACUGGUUAUUUAAUACCAGAAGAUGAUGUAGAUUUAGAUGAGGAUUCUGAAGAGGAGGAGGAGGAGGAGGAAGAAGAAGAGGAAGUGGAAGUGCCAUCUCCUAAGCGUAAAAAGAGAAAGGCAGUUUUACAAGACAAUGAAAAAAUUAAACGAACGAAACAGAAAGCUGAAUCUGUAACCGAAGAUGAUGAUGAUGAAGAUGAUGAAAAUGAAGAUGACGACAAUGAUGAUGCAGAAGAUGAUAGCGAUGAUAAUGAUGAUGAUGAUGAUGAUGAAGAAGAAGAAGAAGACGAUGACGACGACGACGAUGAAGAGGAAGAAGAAGAAGAAGAAGAAGAGGAAGAGGAGAUAGUACAAAAAAAAUCUAUCAAAGCACAGGAAACAAAAGGUAACAAAAACAAGCAAGUACAGCAACAACAGCAACAGUCAAAAAAGAAAGAUAAACAAAAAUUGGUUAACGGAAAGGAUGUAAAACAAAAUCAACAAAAUAAGAAUAAAGGAGAAAAUCAACAACAAAAUACUACGCAUGAACCGAAAAAGAGGGUAGUUGAAGGAGGUGUAAUUGUAAAAGACAUAAAGAAUGGUAGCGGUGCACCAGUAAAGCCAGGAAAGUUUGUAUCCGUAUACUUUGUGGGACGAUUACAAAAUGGAAAGAAAUUUGAUUCAAUUACGCAAGGAGAUGGAUUUAAAUUUAAACUUGGAAGAGGUGAAGUUAUCAAAGGAUGGGAUUUAGGUAUUGCAGGCAUGAAAGUUGGGGGAAAGAGACAAAUUACAAUACCACCUGUUAUGGGGUAUGGUGCUAAAGGUUUCCCACCUACUAUUCCUGGUAACAGUACACUUGUUUUCGAUAUUGAACUCAAAGCUAUCCAUUAACAUGUCAUCAUCUGAUAAAUAUUUACAUUCUUCUGAUAAUUAAUUUUAAAAGGUUUUAUUAUUUGUCUAUUAACACAAAAGGAUAUGUUACAUAGUUUUAAUAUUUUGAUGCUAAUAUAUUAUUAAAUAUUUUAUACUGAAUGUAAUUUUUAUUCUCUUCCAAUGACUAUCUAUGAAUUUUUGUUGCAGUAUUGCUUAGAUAAUUUUAUUAUUUAUAUAAAUAGUAACAUUUUUUUUUAUGUUUAUAAAAAACUUAAAUAAAUAGGAUACUGUCGAGCACAGUUAAUGUUUUCUUGCGACAUCCUUAUAUGUUAAUAGAUAAGUAAUAAUUUGUGAUCAAAUAAAAAGUUAUAAAAUUUAUAAAAGGACUCCUAAAUAGGUUAAAAAAAAAACCAGUUUGAAUUGUUAGAGAUACGAUAAAACAAAGUGUUGAUGUUUUUGAUAAGAAGUUAUAUUAAUACAUUGUAUUUAAUAUGAUGUAUACAGUCAACAUAUAAUGCAACAGUCAAAGUACAUUCUACUCAAGUAUAAUACAUUCUAUAUCUCACUAUAAUUAACUGUAACAUCUUACAAAUUACUGUUAAAUAUUACACGAAAGUAAACGACGUUUUUUCAAAUAAAUCUUACAAAUAUUCUUGCUCGCCCAUAUGUUUAUUUCAACUUUUAUAGUAAAAUUUAUCAAUUCAAUUUUUAAGUUACAUAUUUCAUUAAAAUAAUGUAUUAAU